GUGAUCACGCGAGAGCAGACGAAACUUGGCCUUUGAAGCAAGUAGACGUGAUAAAGUUCUCUCUCGGUCCCGUAUUCAGAGGUGACACACAAAAAUGAUUGACAGAGUUGAAUCUUCCACCGAUCGAGUUCGCAAUAAGACCUCGCAGAAUGGAGUUAUUCAACCGCUCCUCACAGAUUUGUAUCAAAUCAACAUGGCUUAUGCCCACUGGAAGUCGGAAAAACGUGAAGACAGGGCUGUGUUUGAUCUCUUUUUUCGCAAGAAUCCUUUCAGCGGAGAAUUCACCAUAUUUGCCGGCUUGGAGGAAUGCUUGAAAUUUCUUGAAAACUUCCGGUAUUCUGAAUCAGAUAUUGAGUACCUAAAAGAGACAAUGCCAGACACAGUUGAGUCAGAAUUCUUUGACUUUUUGGGAAAUUUGAGUGCAAAUGAUGUCAAGUUGUAUGCCAUUGAUGAAGGGAAAGUUGUAUUUCCGAGAGUUCCACUGCUGGUGCUGGAGGGACCUCUGAUUGUUAUCCAGCUUCUUGAGACGACACUCCUCACUCUUGUUAACUAUGCAAGUCUCGUUGCCACAAAUGCAGCGAGGUAUAGGAUGGCUGCAGGCAGGAGAAUAAAAUUAUUGGAGUUUGGCUUGAGAAGGGCACAGGGACCAGAUGGCGGUCUUUCAGCAUCAAAAUAUGCAUAUGUUGGUGGCUUCGAUGGAACCAGUAAUGUGUUAGCUGGUAAGCUGUACAACAUACCAGUGAAGGGGACGCAUGCUCAUUCCUACAUUUCCUCGUACUCCAGUUUGAAUGAUCUGAAGCAUGAGACUCUAAAACACAGUGAAACAGGUGCAGAGAUGAACUUGAAAGAUGUGUCUCUGGCUUGGAGAAGCUUGUUAGCUGAGAAGUUACACCUAAUACACUCGGAAGCAUCAGAUGGGGAACUGGCAGCCUUUAUAUCUUAUGCCAUUGCGUUUCCGUCUGGGUUUAUUGCUCUCAUUGACACUUAUGAUGUUCUUAAGAGUGGAAUCCUAAAUUUCUGUGCAGUUGCCUUGGGCCUUAAUGAUCUGGGAUACAGAGCUAUUGGCAUAAGAAUUGAUUCCGGUGAUCUUGCAUAUCUCAGCUGUAAAGCAAGAUCAACUUUUGCUGCAGUUUCCCAAGACUUUGAACUGGAGUGGUUUGAACACCUUCAGAUUGUUGCCAGCAAUGACAUCAAUGAAGACACCAUCAUCAGUCUCAAUGAACAGGGCCACAAGAUUGACAGUUUUGGCAUUGGAACGCAUUUAGUGACGUGUCAGAGACAGCCAGCACUUGGAUGCGUUUUCAAGUUGGUUGAGAUUAAUGGCAUUCCAAAGAUCAAGCUGUCCCAGGAUGUUGAGAAGGUUACCAUUCCAGGGAAGAAGUCUGUGUAUCGGCUCUAUGGCGCUGACGGUCAUGCACUGAUUGACCUGAUGCAGCGCACAGAAGAGCCUGCCCCACAGUCCGAAACAAGAGUGCUGUGUCGUCAUCCAUUCCAGGAGAGCAAGCGUGCAUACGUUUGCCCUGCUAAAGUUGAGUCUUUGUUUAAGCUCUACUGGAAAGAUGGAGAGCUUCAGCAAGACAUGCCCACGCUGGAAGAAGUCAGAGAGAGAGUGCAGGAGUCCCUUCAGACGCUGAGGCAGGACCACAAACGCAACCUGAACCCAACUCCCUAUAAGGUUGGAGUUACAGAUGAGCUGUACAACUUCAUACAUGACUUGUGGCUACAGAAUGCCCCUAUUGGUGAGCUCUUUUAAAAUACCUUGACAUGCAGGAGAUGUGUUGUGGAAAACUGUUCUUGGUAUUUUUAGGAAGAGAUAAGAUGCAGUUGAAAAGUCAAGGAAAAUUGCUUGAACAGUGGAAGCACAAUAUAUAAAUACACAAAACCUCUGCAUGGAAUCAUGGUAGCUUUUUUGUUGCAUUUGAGGCAAAGAUGGCCAGCCUUUUCACUUCAGAACCGCCCUGAACCAUUUUCCAUACUAUGCGCAACCACUUCUUGUAGAAUAUGAAAGCAGAAAGGAAAAUUUAAGAUUUAACAAUGGCGUGUUACUUGUUUUUAUAGGGACUAUUGUUGUUGUUUUUUGGCCUUAAAAACACUGUCAGUUUACUGAUAAUUUUUUAAUUAAUUCUAUAUUACAUAUUUUAUUUUCUCAUGGGGCCUGGGCAGGAGUCACUGGUCAGAGAGUUCAAGGUGUUGUUAAAACCUAGGAAGGAGUGGUGUGUGUGAGUGUCCAUGGGAUCAUCCUGCAAGUGUGAAGGCUUGUGGAAGUUCAUUCAUUUUUAAACUGAUCUCUUGAGGUUGGAAGGAUCAUUUUAUUGCCUUAAUUAUUGAUUUUACAUAUAUAUAGAGAUUUUUUUCUUUACAAAGAAGAGAAUUUAUAAAGGACAGUAUAUUUAUAUUUUUUAUUUUAUGUAGUUUUCUGCAAAAUAAUCAGGAACUUUCUUUAUAUAACAAUGUAAGAGAUAUAGAAAAUAUUAUCAGUCUAGGAAACUAACUUGUAUGAAUGUCAAAUAAUAUUGAUCACUAUGUAACUUUCACAAUAGACAGUGUCUGUCUGUAUUUCCACUGUACAAAACCCAUGACUGUCACAACAAAACCACACACAGCAUGUGUUGAUCUUAUGUGAAAGAAGAAAACAAAGGAAUUGAGUGUCGGGUGAGUGGAAUCCUCCCAUGCGUGUAGAUCUUGGAAUAAGCAUUAAGCAACAUGUGAGGGAGAGGGAGAGGAAGGAAAGGGCAGGAGAGGGAGAGGAAGAGGAAGGAAAGGGCAGGAGAGGGAGAAGGAACUAUUUACUUAAAAGUGUGGUUGGUUAAGACACAGUUUAGUAAGCAGUUUGUUACACCCAAUUAGGGCUUAUGAAUAAGAGACAUUUAUUUAGUUGUUCAUUGUGUAUUUUAGUAUAAAAAAAUGAAGUGCACUUUGUUACUUUAUGAAAGUGAUGAAAGAAGAUUGUACAUGUAUGUUUGCUUUUGUAUGGAGUACAUUGAAUGCAUGUGAAUUGUUCUUUGGAGGAGGGAGAAUUCAGUUUUUUAUUAGAAAAUUUUAUCAAGCUGACAGUCGGUAUCACAUUUAUAAGUUUAAGUCGUGAAUAUAAACCAUAGAGGAUAUGAAAAAAAAGGGUUGUUGUUUUGUAACAUUUAUGGAUAUGAUAAAUAAAAAAUAAGAGAAAGGAAAAAAAUAUUUGGAAACAGUUUAAGGAUUCAAAUAUAUGCUAGAGAAAGUCAUCUGCAUAAACAGAAAAAAAAUAAUGGCUAAUUCAUAAAAUUUUAGUUGCAAAAUUGUUGAAAUCAUUAAUAGAUCAGAGAAUGUGUGAUUUUCUUGUAAUCAUUACUUUAAAAAACAGAAGGAUCACAGUUGAUAUAAAUAAGUUAUAUUUGUAAAAUGUAUAAAUAAAAGUCAAUAAAUGUCACUUAGUAUGAAGAUCAAUUUGUAAAAUUCUACAGUAAUAUUUACUUGUCAAACAUUCAGUAAUAAAAGUUUUUUAUGUCAAUUUUUAUAUUCAUGGUAAAAAGAACUUAGUCCUAAAAUAGUUGCUCUGAAGUCAGUUUGUAAGUUUUUCUUUUCAUCUCACAGGUUAUAUUUAAGUUGACGUAUGAGGAAGGAAGGUAAUUACCAAAGCCAUGAUGUAAUUACUCAUUAACUGUAGCUGUGUUUUGAAAAGUAAGUCACUAUCACUCCCUGGACACUGUCGAGUUAGGAAGAGUAUCCAGGUAGGGGGAACGUGGUCAUUUAUGUCUGUCAUGGGUGUGUGUGUCCUCUUUCUCUGUACUUGAUAAUGUACUGGAGUAACUCCAUACAAGCACAUUAUUACAAGGAUACCCAGUGACUAGACUACUGGUAAUUUAGUAUGUCAUGUGUGUGUGGAUAGCAACUUUUUCACUUUGAUAUUGUUAAGUCUUGUGUGAAGAUACUUGUUAUAAUGAUGAGUUCUGAAUUUUUGUUCGUGGUGCUGAAUCGGUGAACAAAAAGGAAUUUCCAAUUUAUAAUAUGAAUGUUACUUGACAAUUCUUUUUCUUUGUGAAAUAUGGGUAGAUAAAGUGAAUGUGAAUUUAUGUGGGUUACAUAGUAUUUUGAGUGUAAUUUCUUGGGUAGGGGAAUUCUUUUAUUGUAUUUAUUCUUGUUUACAAAUGCUUUCUUGGUAAAUAUUUGAAUUAUUAGAGAUAUAAAUGAGAAAUACUGAAGCUGUAGCAUUUUUUUAUUUUUUUUAUUGGCACUUAUUAGUUCCAGAUGGUAGAGGCAUAGAAGAUACCAAGUUGGUUAUUCCGUCCAGAUUCCAUGGAUGAAAGUGAAGAAGUGAUAUUAUGUUAUUUCUCUCUUUCACACACACACACACACACACACACACACACACACACACACACACACACACACACACACACACACACACACACACACACACACACACACACACACACACACACACA